UUGUCUCGCUUCGAGUUCGCGCCAAGAACUUCGCUUCGCGCGAAGAGCCAUUUCGGCCAAAAUUAUGAUUUGCGUUUACAAUUCGAUAAUCCGAAUCUGAAUUUCUCGAUUCUUUGCGCUCUCAGCAAUAAGGCUUGGCUUCAUUUCAGUAUGUUGCAGUGGAUGGGGGGCUCCAGGCGGAAAGUUUCAACGACAAGGAAAUCCACACAAAACAGACAAAAGCAGUAUUUCGAGCAAAGAAAAAGACGACAACAGCUGUCCUCUGGUUCAGAGAAUUGUCAUGAUGCAACUGACACAAACAGGGAACAAAAAGAGCAUCGGUCACUGGACAUUCUAAAUUUCCUAAAUUUAUCAGCAAUUCCUCAAGAGAAUAAAGCUGCUUACGCCAUUGAGGCCAAUACUUCAAGGGUGCGGUCUCCUUCCAUCAAAGGCCCAGUUCCAACUCUUUAUAACAUAAAGACAUUAGAGAAAUCUGCUGAGUUUGAAAAUAAACAGCAAAAUGACGAAGCAGGAGCUCCAUCCGGCUACAACGAGGAAACUUUAUCUCCACUGAACAGACAUGUAAGCAGUGAUCCCAACAAUCUUCAUAACACUAAAAACAAAGUAGAUUCUCAAUCAGAUCUGGGGAAGCUAUCUGUUGAGCAAAGUAUUUCUAUAUUUGAUUUGCUUGGCGAUGAUGGAAUGGUUGUCAAAUGCGAAGGAAGUCCAAUGAAAGAAGCUCAUGUCGCGUUUUCAGUUGAUGGUUUGGGCAGAGUAGGAAUGGAAACACCAGCAUGUUCCCCACAGCAUGCCAGCAGAAGCUUUUCUUAUGGCUUCUCAUCUCGUCAAGAAAGAAUGAGGCCUUGGAACUCCUCAAAGAACAUUAAGGUGUUGGAUGACUUUGAACUUGAAGGAGAAAUGCAGGAUAUCAAAACGCAUUGUGAUGACGGUUCUUUAAAUUAUUCCAUAGACAUAAUGGAUGAAUGUGAUAACCCUAAGAAGAAGUCACCUACCAAGAUCCGUUACCGUUCCUUCGAAGAUUGCAAAAGAAAUGAACAUGGUGGCAGACGUAUCUUUGAUGGCACGGAUGGAGAAAGAGAUAGAUUUGAUGGUGGAUUUAACUUCUUAAAUGACAGUUUUCUUGGGGAGAUGGAAUGUGAUUUCUUCGAGAAGAAUCAUUUUAAUGAAAUUGGUAGCGUUUCGUUUGAUUCUCUGAACUAUGAGAAGUAUGAUAUAUCAGAAAAUGCAUUUGACAGCCCCUAUCUACCAAAAAAGAGAUGUGCAGGUGCACCAAGAACAACNGACAACUUCAGUUGAUUUGAG